AUGGCAGAAAGAAAAGUUUUAGUUAAAUAUUAUCCGCCUGAUUUUGAUCCCAAGUUAUUGCCAAACAAUCAUCGUCCAAAGGGAAAACAGGACAAUGUUAGAAAUAUGCUUCCUAUGACUGUGAAAUGCAAUCAUUGUGGUAAUUAUCUCUAUAUCGGAACAAAAUUUAAUAUGAGGAAGGAGACUGUGUGGACUGAAAACUAUCUGGGCAUUCUCAUUCAUAGAUUCUACUUUAAAUGCACGUACUCAAUACAAUCCAUCUAUUAGAUAUUGCUAUGCUGAAAUCACUUUCAAGACUGAUCCUCGAAAUCAUGAUUACAUAGUUGAAGGAGGAGGAACCAGAAAUUACGAUCCUUAUCGAGAUGCAAAAGCAGCCGAAGAGGUUCUUAAAUAAAUGAGGGCCAACGAAGAACAAGGAGAUUCCAUGAAAUUCUUAGAAAAUAAGACUCAUGACUCCAAGAAAGAAAUGGACAUCUUAGAUGCCAUUGAUGAUACCCAUCAACUCAAUAGAAGACAAACUUAAUUCACUCCUGACAUGUUGCUUAAAUAACUCUUUUACGAUUUAGAUGCCCUUGAACUACAAGAAGAAUGGGAAAAACAAAAAGAUUACAAAGAUUAAUUCAAAGUUAAGAGAUUGUCUGAUGCAGAUGACAAAGUGUAUAAUUAUAAUUCAAAUUUAGAGAUAAAACUAUGCAUAGUGUUACUUAACAUCUCAAAUAGGUUGUGGUUCAAUAAUAACCAAAAUAAGUGCAAUAGUAGUUUGUGAAGCCAAAGUUUGUCAAAAAGUAGGUAUGUUGUGAAAAGGAUGGAGAGAAGGUUGGUGUAUAAAAAGAAGAAGAAGAUUAAGAUGGGAUAAAUGUUAAGUAGGAAACUCAAACCUAGACCUUAUCAUUGGUGGAUGAUGAUUAUUAAGACUGAG